GCAGGAAGUAAACAAACCCACUUUUUAAAACGAAAGUGAUAAUUCAUACUAACUUUUAUUGACCACUUUGCGUAAUCAUAAUAAUGAAUUAAAUUAAAAUAAUGCUAUUGCACCUAUAUUGAUGCUCAUACUUAACACAACUUAAAGUGAGAAUAAAAAUAUUAAGAACAUAUAUAGGUCUAAUGAAAAGUCACAUAGUGUCAUCGUAGUCAUUCAAUCUCAUUCAUCAUUCAUUCAAUGUCUCAUUCAUUUUCAUAUUUCAUUUCAUGACUGAUAUGAUACUGAUACUGAUAUGGAUAAUGGAUAAUGGAGAUGCCAAUUCACUGUGUGGUGAUAGCUGAAUAAGAAUAAUGAAUAUGAUUUAAUAAUAAUAUAAUGAUCAUUUAUUGUUACUGAUUCUGUCUAGUGAAAUUAGUAUUUAGGCUUUAGCCAACUAAUUUGAACUAAUAGUUUCAACCAAACUUGUUAUUGUUUUAGAAGUCCUAAGCCUAAGAAGUAUAGGCCCUAGCCCUAAUAAUAAUAUAGUUAUAGUACUCUUAAGACUUAAGUCAGUAAUUAAUAAGUAAAGUUAAAACAGUUAAGGCAGUGGUUCUCAACUUUCCUUGUGUCGCGACCCUUCAUUACAGUUACUCAUGUUGUGGCGACCCCCCAAACAAAAUAUUAUUUUCGUUGCUACUUCAUUACUGUAGAGUAAAUGUGUUUUCCGAUGGUCUUAGGCGACCCCUUGGAAAGUGUCAUGCGACCCCCAAAGGGGUCGCGACCCACAGGUUGAGACCCGCUGAGUUAAGGCUAUUGCUAGUAUUAAUAAUGUAUAGGCCUAUAGCUAUAAUAAAAUAUACUAUAUAUUAUACUACUAUAACACUAGUUAUUGGUAUUACUAUGGUAUAGACCGUGACCAUAGGCGGCACAGGCCAUAGGCAUAGUUGUAGCAUAGUCAAUAGCUGUAUGAUACAUAUCAUAUAUGAGGCCUACUGUCCAUACUAUGAAUAUGAAUAUUAUGAUUCAUGAAUCAUAAUAUUCAUACAGAAUGAGUACAUGUAUGAAUCACAAUUGGGCAGGGCAAGCCGAAGCAGUGCUGGGGCAAGGUCUGAAUUUAAAACCCUCUUCCCAAAAAAAUCCACAUAUUUUUCAUGAAAAAUGGAGACAUCUUUGAAGAUGGCACCCAGGGUGGGUGUCCUUGUCCUCCUUCUCACAGUUCCUGAUCAUAAUGACCAGCAUCUUGACAAUUUGGUUGUUAAAGACUAGGCUGAUGACUAAUCAUAAUAAAAUAAAAUUACUAUCUCUGAAUUAGGUCUAUAAUUGAUUUAUGGUAAUAAUUACAUUACAGGCUUACUCUUCACUCAAUCUUUUGUGUGUUAAGCACUGGUAGUGAGUAGACAUGUACAUAGUUUAAAUAAUAUAAACAUAACUAUGGGCUGGUUGUUAAAGUGAAAUUAAAUAAACUUAUAACAUGAACUUAUGUACAAGUAUAUUGAUUUUUUAAAUUUUUUAUAUCUAUAAAUUGCAAUAAAUAAAAGGAUUUUCAUUGUUUAUUUCUAGCAAUGGCAGAUGAUGAUGAGUUUGAAAAAGCUAGUAGAAGAAAUAAGACCAGGCCAAACAUUUUUGAUGAUGCUGUAAGUGAUAUGAUUGAAUAAGGGAUAAAUUAGGUAUCAAGCUUUUAUUUGGUUACAGUUAUAGACAUUAAGUAUAAUUAAAGGCUGCAACUAUUCGUUCCCCGGGUACCAGAAGUGAGAGGUUGGGAUUAAAAAACUAUUUAAAAUAUUAUUGUUGGGUUUGUAAGACAAAAUGAGGUAUCAAAUGAAAGAUAAUUGAAUGGAAUAUAUGUUUGUAAACUUACUUUUUCAGUUUAACUAAAAUAAACUACCAAAAAUGACAUCUAACUAGCUUGAGUCUAAUGGUACCAGGGUGCGAAUGGCGGCGCUGCGUGUCUGGGUCCAUUUUAACUCAGUGCUAUUCAGAUGUCAUUUGUGGUAGUUGAUGUUAGUUAAACUGACGAAUUAAGUUUACAAAAUAUAGUUCUUUCACUUAUCUUUUAUUUGAUACCUCACCUUGUCUUACAAACCCGGCAAUAAAAUUUUAAAUAGUUUUUUAAUCCCAACCUCUCACUUCUGGUCCCUGGGUACGAAUAGCCACUUCGAUAAUUAAAAUAAAAAUUGUAAUUUUCAUAUUAUGCAAUUAAUUAAGAGACUAACUUCAAUUUGUCGGCCUGCAAGUGAUUAAAGGACAUAACAUAUGAAAAUUGCUUUAAGUAUGUGUGUGUUUUCUUUUCAGUUUAUUAAAAUUUUUAUCUCUGAAAUUUUUAUUUUUUGCCCUGAUAUCUUAUAAAAUCUUAUAUCAUAUGAACUAACCCUACUCACCAUAUUUAAAAUUAAAGCCCAUUUUAAAAAAUUGAAUAUUCUAGAUUUUAGCUAACCAAAACUCAUCAUUCCCUAUUAACUGAGUUUCCUCUUUCAUUUAGCUUUAGAGAAAAUCAUGGAUAAAUACUAUUAUCUGUGGUUAACAAAUCUAAAUGAUUACUAAUUAAGUCAUUAUCAUCACUAAGGGAGUUCACUCAUGGCUGACUUCUACGCUAGAGAAAUACUUUAGAUGUCUUGUGUUAAAAUUGUUAAAAUUGUUAUAAUUUUAAUAUGUUGUCUUGAUUAAAAUAUGUAUUUAUUUAUGUGCUGAAAAUGAAUAAGUAAUAAAAAAACAUUUCCAUUUAUUUGUAUCAAUAACAGAAUCUUAUCAAAUCUUAUUGUAGCAUUAAUAAAUGUUAAUUGUCUCAUAACUUUAGGUUAGUUUGGACCAGGCACGAAAAACCAUCAUUUCAUCCCAAGCCAGGAAUGAUGACUAUGAUGAAGAAGAGGAGAUCACAUUUGAUGGCACCCCUGUUGUGAAAUACAAUAACAGUACGUGGAAACAUUUAUUUUAGAUAUACACUUCAUCAAAUCUGCUGAAAUCUCCAAUAAAGACUUUACAUGACGCUAAUGGUGCCAAAGUUUUUAUCUGCCUUUGGCACAGAGCAAAGAUAACCGGGGCUAACAUAAGGAUUUUUGUUCAUAGGGAUGAUUAGAACCCAAAUAGAAUAGAAAUUUUAAACUCAAGUCCAAGACUGAAUAAUUGUAAAGUGUAAAUUAUAGUGAAAGUAUGGAUCACAAACAAGAUAAUAAUUUUUUUUUUUCAUGUUAAGAGCAUUGCGAAGUUUAUUUUUAUAACUUCUAAAUAUCUUUUACCAGUAUGACAAAUUAAAAAACCCAACUUUUCAAUAAAACUGUCAGAUUUUUAGCCUUGUUAGUUAAACUUAAAGUUUAAUGUCAAGUGUAUAUAUUAAAUCUGACGUAUGUAGUUUCCAGGUGUAAACUCUUUCAAGUUUUUAGUAGCUAUUCUUUAAAUAUUAAUUAAUUUUUAUUAAAUUAUUUUUAUUUGACAGGUAAUAAUAAAUUAUCAUGUAGGUACAUCUAGGCUCUGAUCCAGAGCCACACUUUAUUAUAACCUUCCUUUUUAAAUAAUGAUAUUUGAAUUGAAUAAAAUGAAUUCAUCCUGAUUUAAAAAAAGACAAGAUUCUCGAACCCAGCUUUGUUAGUUAUGCUUCAUUUCAUAUUUUACAAAAAUGCAAUUUUAUCUGUAGGUUUAUAAAUGUAUAAGUACCAAAUUUUUCCCUUUUGAUCCAAAACGCAUCAGGCUUAUUAAGUUCUGUUAUCACAAUGGCACUAAACACUUAAGAAAAUAUUUCCAUUGUUUACAUCUCUUCUACAUAAAGUCAGAAUAAAUUUAUGCUGUCUCAGAUUCUGAGCAGGGGGUCACUGUUUGAGGUCUGUCUCUGUCACAUUUUAUCAUUUGUUGACUUGGGAAACAAGUGUCACUUCUUUUUUUGGCUUGAAAGCUCUUAAAUUUACUACCGGUUUAUGAUAUAAUAUCAGUGUCUUCCAUAUUUUACUUUAUUUUUUAUAUUAAUCUACUCCCUAUUAUAUUAUUCAUUGACACAUUUUUUUCCCCUUCAUUAUUAAAAAGCUUGUUAAAAUGAUACAUUUUUUGUUUACGUUGCUAAAAAGUUAAAGUAAUGGCUGUAGAAUUAUUGAUAUAACUUUAUUAUUCAAAUUUUGACUUUAAAAAAAUAAUUAAAAAUAAAGCAUAAAUAAUUUUUUUUUUAAAGACAUUUCGUAGGUAAUUGAUUUUAAUCUCUUCUAUUAAAAUGAAAAAAGAAUCACAUUUCAAGUGAUAUUUUUUAAUAGUAAAAUCAUAAAGAAUUUGAGUUAUUGCUGGUACAUAAGGAAGCAAUUAGAUCCAAGGGGAUACCAUCCACCAUAAGUUCACAGUUCAGCUUCAAAUAUCCUAAUCUGUCUUUGGAUUUUUAUUUUAAAUAAGAAUAUAAAAUUUGAAAAAAAAAAAGGAAAACAAAAGCUCAUGGAGUAUUUUAAUCACAAAACUACAUGUUAUGUAUCCAUUAUUUGCUUUGAAAUGAUUUUAACAAAAUUAAUUAAUUGUUUUAUUGACUAAUCUAUUGAUAAAGUUAAAGAUAUGUAUUAAUAAAUUGAAAGAUUUUGGAGGUAUCUCUCUUGUCCAGCACAAUAGAAAAUAAAUAACAUUUGCUAUUUACAAUUCCACUUAUUGUGAACUAUCAAAUAGAGUCUACUGGUGAACCCCCCACUUCUAUGCCUGACCUGUCACUUGUUGGAGCUCCUGCCACAGCAAUACGUAGCUCAUUGUAUGAUAAUCAUGCCUCCGUAAGCAGUUCAUCAUCAUAUUCCAACUUCAAAAGUGCCUCAGCAGUGGGACACAAUAGGUCACGCAGUCUGUCUAUUGGUAAGAUGGUCAAAGAAUAUUUUGAAGCUGGAAUGCAUACAUCCAAUUCUCAAGUGAUCAAUUUUAUUUAUUUUAUUUUUUGCCUUUUUAAAAAAAAAUAAAACAGCAUUCUAUAAUAAAAGACAAUAAAAAAAGACAAAUCAUGUGUGAGUCUGUAAUUUUUUUGUCAUUACAAACUUUCACUUUUUAGAUGACAAUUCAAUAUUUAUUUCGUUAUAACGACAAAGAAUUUAAUCUGUGAUAAGCUCUCAAAAGCAAAAUAAACUAAUUCUCUAACAUAUUUUCAUUUCAAUGCCAGAAUGACCAUACUUUAUUAUUUUUUUUUUUUACAAUCCCAAUGUUGUAGCAAAAAAAAAACAUUAUUACAAAUUACUUUUCAUUUAAAAAAUAACACAAUUUUUCUUAAAAAAUUAAAAAUUUUAGAUUGUCAAAUUAUAAUAUCAAAUUAUAUUUUUUUCUUUAAUAUAAACUUCUUUAAGAGAGCAACUAUAAUUGAUUUUGGCAUAAGCUAAUUAUGAAACAAAUUGCAUAACACAGAAAUUAUUUUUUUUAAAGAAAUGAUAAAUUUCUUUGUUUAUAUUGAAGGACAAUAAUGACAUUUUUAUUUUUCUUGAAGGAAAAUCUUAACUUAUUAGCUAUUUUUAAUUCAUCUACUUAAAAAAAAAUGCAAUAUAGAUUUUAAUACAAGAAUAAAAUUAAAUACCCUUAUUUGAAAUUCACCAAGCCUAUUCCUAUCUCUUCCAUCAUUUCAAAACCUGUGUGAAAAACCCAUUUCAAUCCCAAAGUUUCUUAUUUUUCUGACUCUACAUUUAAGUCCUAAUAAUUUGUCCUGAUAUAUUUCUUUCUCUUAUUUUAUAUGAAAAUAGCAAACUCCAUGAUAGGCUUGACUUCCCACAGCAGUUCCAGCUUAUUGGAUAUAGAAGAUGGUAAAAUUCAUAUUUGAUUAGUAGAGAUUUGGUAGAAGAAUCCAGAACAUAAUUCUAAGCUUGAAUUAAUCAACCUGUAAUAACAAUUUUUUUGGUAUAAAUCCUUUUUAUGCAUUUUUAUUAUUUUAUAUUAUAUUAGUAUUCUAAUGUUCCACUCGCUUUUACACCACAUAUUUAUUUCACCAACCAUUUCAGAAAAACAAAAGAAACUAUUACGCACCUUGUGAUAUUUUUUAAAAAAGAACCUCAUUCAUCACAGUUAUUGUGAAUUUUAUUUUUUAAAAUCAUCAUAUUUCCUUCAUGUUCUCCUUAAAAAACAGGAAAAACUGAAUUUUUUGGGGUGGGGCUGAAAAUUUGAUAGAAUGUGUUGUCAAUAUUGUCAUUGUCAAUGAGUCUACAUGCCAAGUUUCAGCUCGUUAGGUGGACCAAAAGUCUGUCAAUAAGCUGUCUGAAGAUUUUGCCACCCAGUCAGAAAUAAACACAUUACCAAAAGAAAAGUUAAUAUAAAAGAUUUUUGAAAAGUCAGACAGAAAUAGUUAAGAAAAUUUAUGUAAUUAUUGGUGAUUGGAUUGCCUUUAUUUUGCAUAGAAAAAUUAUUGGCAUUUUUAAAUAGUCUAAUUUACAUGCAGUAAUUAUCUCUUAUUACUUUCAAUGAAACAAACUACAUAUUGAAUGAAACAAAAACAUGUAGUGUUUUCAAAUGACUUUGUAAAUAAAUUGUAAAUAAAUUGGAAUUGAUUAUUGAGUUUGAUACUUAUGAAAUUUAAUACUUUCUCUUUCUCUCUCUCUCUCUCUCUCUCCCCCCCACUCCUCCCCCAUUUUCUAGCAAGCGCUGAAGAGAUUAAAAGAAGCACAUCGAAAUUGGAUGUUGAGAAACUGCAGCAAGAAAUUCAUUCUCUGCGGCGCUCUCUUUUGGUUAGUCAGUUGAUUUGUAAGGAAAAGUUAACGUUCACUUGUAGCAUUACAAACAAGAGGAUAAGUGUGAAAUUUAAAUUUAGGCUGGGCAUAGUUAUUUGGCAAUGCAUUAGUUUUAAUGGAUAUCACCACAACUCUAUCAGACAAGAGACUUAAAAAAUUAUAAUUUCAGUUUAAUAACAAAGGACACAUCAACCGCUCUUUACUUGAAAGAGAAGUGGGAGAAAAAACAAAAUAGGCUUAUUAGGAUGUGAAGCCCACUUUUGUAAAUUCGAGGCUAAAAAUUUUUUCCUAUCAAAACAUAUAAAUCUCUUUAAAUCCCCACACUGAAGAGUGCCAAGAAAGACAGAUGGAUCAAGCCUCCGAUAGACAAUACACUGAGGAGGAUUUUAAAGGGAGAGGUGAGCCCAAAGGAGAAAAAUCUAAUAAACUCAAACUAUAACCCUUUUUAUCUUUGGUGUAUAGAUCUUUUCUAUUGAAAGAAUUACUGACUAUCAAAAAGAUUUUUUUUUUUUGCACCAUCAUUCUAUUAUUUUUUUGCAUAAAAUCUGUUACUGUCCUCCACAUUUCUUGUGUAUGAUGUCCUUGUUACAUUUGUUCUGUCUGUCAAACCCAUGCACAAUCUCAUAAAAUAUAUUUUAAAAAAAUUGCUGCAAAAUUAUGAAUGGCUUGGCCAAAGAUGCUGUCCCAGACCUGAUUACUCUUACAAUUUUGGUCUACAAUGUGCAAUUUUGAGGUGUAUACAUUAUAUAUACUGUAUGUUUAUUUUGUUACUAUUAAAAUAAUGCAUUGAACGAAUGUGUGAUGAUAUUGUACGAUUUUUAAGAGUUUGAGGGUAAACAGGUCUGCUGUGCUUUGUAUAAAGAAAAAGACUUUAAAGCAAUAUUAAUAAAAGUAGCCAUUAAUUUACUGGUUAUAAUAUAUUUUACUGGUAAAUGGAUUUAUUUUAGCAGUUUUUAUUCGAACUCCUAACAGGAAUUCUCCUUAGAAUUGUACAAGUCCUUGGAAGACAAGCUGCAAGUGUUGGACCAAGCCACAAAGCUUCAUGACGGCAAUGCCAUAACAGCUGUGAGUUUACAUUUGGGGCAAAGUGAGGAAGCAGUCUCACACACAACAGAGUUUACAUUAGGGCCAAAGUGACAUCUCUAGGACAUAAAACUGUUAACAUUAGUGGCAAAGUGACAUUUCUGAGAGAUUCAACAGUUAACAUUAGGGGGCAAAAUGAGGACCCCGUCUCACCGAGCUUAAACAGAAAGUUUUACCCAAUUUAUGUAUAUAUACUAGACUGGUAUCUUGUAAAGCAAUUGUAAUGGCUCACUCUGGGUUAAAGCACCAGGUUUUCUCUUUUUAAAAAUUUUAAUUCAUUAAAUACCAUGAGCCUCCGACAUUGGCAUGGGGCCCAACCAUCUGUAACCAGAAGCCACUCAAAGGGGUAAAUGAUGUUCAUCAAUGAAAUAAAUACUUUUAGAAUCUGAAGGAACUUUAAAUACAGCAUUUAAUAAAAUAUACCAAAGAUAAAACAAUAUUAUAAUCUUUAAUAAUAAUUUUAAAAAAAGUUCCACUGAAUUACAUAUAAUUCUUGUGUUCUUGGUUGUUUCGUCUCUUUCAAGGCCGCUCUGUUCCUGAAACGCUCUGUGUCGAGUCAGAUAUUUUCAAGAGAAAUUUUUGUACGUCCUGUGGCGGCCAAUCAUUACCUGAACUACCUGAAGGCUCACUACGACCAUGGUGAAUACAUCAGCACACUUGUGUGAGUCAUUCCUUGUUCAAGUUAGCUCACUGUGAGCAUCAUUUGUGCAUUGCUACUAGCCAAAACCUGACCAGGGCCCAGCACGUUAUGGAUUUAUAAAAAUUGUGCCAUGUUUAGAGGCCUUGUUGGGCCAGCUGAGUUUUUAGACCAGGAGUUUGCAUGCGGUUGAAUACUUUUAAUUGUAUAGCGUCAGUUCAGCUGCGGGCCUCACUGUCUUUGUGCUUGACUUGUUAAAGCUAAAGUGCUGUUAAAAAGGAUAACCCCCUAAUACAAAUCUUGUGUGAGGUUAAUACAACUCAGCAAUGCAGGUGUUCUUGGGGAAAUGUUUGAGCACAUUCUCUUUUGAUGCCUGAAUGUAGAUAUUAAAACAAAUUCACUGUUGUUCAUUCGUGCUUUAAGAUAUCAUGUGCUUGUUCUUAUUACAGUUGGUUGCAGUCUGCUCCAUAAUUAUAUUUUUUUUAAUCCUUUUUUUUUGUGUGUGUAGAGGAGCAAACUCUUAGAAUAAAAACCUUCUGGAACUAAAAACAGUAAUUCAGCAGCCAACUUUGCCAGUGAUGAAAUGGGUUGCCUCUACUUUCUUGACACAAAUGGUGAUGCAGUUAAAGGGAGAUCAAAACAAGCGCCCAGAAAUUAGGCCAGAAGUCGCAGCGUUAUUUACUCAGCUUUGCUGCCUGCCGAUGAGUUUAACAAAAAUUUUCAGACUUUGUGACUGACUCAUCCUAAAAUAAAAAUAGCAUUAAAAAUAAGAAGGAGUAUUUUCCUUUGAUCUCCCCAGUUUUUCUUGGUCUUACAUUUCAACCUGAUAAAGACAUGUUUAAAAUUUCAGAUCCUUGGGCAGAAGAGAAGAAGCUGCUGUAAGUUAUGCUUGUUUUAUUUGUUUACUUAAUAAAACUGACCAGCUUCUUGUUUUUGAAGUUUCAAUGCGUUCCCUUGAUCGAUUUUUUAAAAUUUAAAUACAAUUGAACCACAGAUAAAAAUGCCCCAGUUAACGUACAAAUCGUUUAACGGACAAGUUUUGUGAACAUAUUUUUGUCUAGGUUAACAAAAAAUACUUUGGCUUAUGAACAUAUGAUUGCACCUGUGCACACAAGCCCACAGGCCUGUUAGUAGUUUGUGGCAUUUUCAGUAAACAUCGUUUGUCUUGAUAGUUUUAUCCUCUUACUCCACUGCCGCCACUAUCAACAUACAAUCUCCAAUACAGUAUUAUUUCAUUUAUUUUAGUGAUAUAUGAUUAUAAUCAUGAACAUUCUAAUUUAAUCCUAUAUUUUUAAUUAAAGAAGAGCACUUAAAAAUGUAAAAAUACAAAAACUCUAAGGCAGGAAAAGAAAAAUUGAAUUUAAAAUCUUUUUGAUGGAGAAAAUUAUUUUGCUUUGCAGAUGGUAUGGUUUAAGAACAGAGUCAUGGAAUGAAUUAAGUUUGUUAACCGAGGCUCCACUGUGAUUUCUUUGUUGCGGAUUUUCUUUGAUUUGUCCAUGUUUGAUCUGCAGGUUUAUAAAUUCAAGUUGGCUUUACCAACAUCAGAUGUGGUGGUCAAGUUAUCAAAACUGAAAGAUUCAUUAAGGUGGGUUGGCUCAGUGCCAGACUUUGGGGACCUGAUUGACGUUGUGCUUAGUGACUAAAUGGUUUAGAGUUAUAAAUGUUAGAAAUUUUCUGCAUGAUAAGUGGAUCAAUGUUAGGUGGCAGUUUAUACCAAGGUGCUAGAGGCAUAUGUUUAUGCAUGAAACGUUAGUUGAUGCACAAUUUAAAUGUCUGUCAAAAUACAAAAGCAAUUAAAAUGUUUGCAUUGACUAGGAAUUCAGCUUAAUUGUUAGGCACAGAUGCCAUAAUAACUAUUAGGCACAGAAUUCAGCAUAACUGUUAGGCACAGAAUCCAGCAUAAUUUUUUAUGCGCAGAAUCCAUCAUAAUUUUUUUUGGCACAGAAUCCAUCAUAAUUUUUAGCCACAGAAUCCAUUAAGACUGAUAGGAAUGAUAGAAAGAACUAAUUAUAGAUACUUAAAGUUUUGAUUCUAAAAUGUGUCCCUCAAUAAAUGUUCUCUUUAAUUGAGACCCUCCAUUCUCUCUUCUUCUCAAGUCAUUACCUCUUGUAAUGUUUUACCUGUGUCCACCAGGUCAAACUUCCAAGCAGACGACUCACUCAGUCACAGUGCGUCUUUGGUUAAAGAGUACAUUGACCUGCUAGAGAUGCAGCGUCCUAUUGAGGUAAAUUGAUUUACGUUAUGCCUAUGGUUUACUGAGACGUUAAACUCAACUUUAACACACGAUUCUCUCUAAAAAUCAAAUGUCAAAUAAAAAAAUUUACCAAAAUUCUCUACAGGAAUCCGAUGCAAAGCUAGAAGCAGAGGGGAGGAGCACGCUGUUCAAAGAUUUUCCAAGGAGGAGGUCUCUAAUUGAUUUAUCCGUGGUCACCACCGUGUACUAUUGCUGUAUGUACCACUAUGACCUGGCUGAGGUUAGUGAAAGAUAGAGAAUACCAGGCCUUGUCUAUCCAUGUUAAUUAAUGACAAGGUCUUUAAGAUGUUUCUACUUAGAGAAAGCGCAAACAUUUGAUUUGUCCACCCAAAAAAUAAUCAACUUUGGUUUAUGUUUGAUUUAUAUUUGGUUUAAAGCAAAAGUUAUCUUUUAACAGUUUAUUUUCGGUUUUGGUUAAAACUGGUUUUGUGGUGCAAAACUUUAAACCCUCAACAAUUAAAUCCCUUGACAUUUAAAUUCUUGCUGAUGUCUCACUCCCUUAGGCAUAGAAAGUUUAGUUAAAAAUUUUAAUUUAAAGCUUUCUUCAUUAUUUAAAUGAUAGCAAACGAGGUAUGUGAAAGCUUAAAUUUAAGGACAGAACAAUAAGAUUAGAACAUUUCGGCAUUUCUUGAGUUGUUCACUGUGCUCUGUUCCUUGUGAUAUUUUCAUUUGUCCUGUGCGCAGAGGAAGGCUCUAUGCCGAAACGUUCUAAUCUUACUGUCCUGUCCUUAAAUUCAAGCUUCCACAUACCUCGUUUUGCUAUUUCAUUUACUUAGCUUGAAUGCAGUCCUUUAAUUAUUAUAUCAAUUAUUUAAGACCCCCACUGGCAUGUUAAUAUACUUGAUAAUUGCACACUGUCACUACUUUUAUCUUGCUGUAGCCCAGAGCAUUGCUGAAGUGUUGGACACUCCAUUAGAUAGCAAUUAAUUAUCCACAGUGUCAAAUAGAUUUAAAAAUCCCUGUUACAUAGCAGUUCAUUAUCCACAGUGUUAAAGAGAUUUAAAAAUCCCUGUUACAUAGCAGUUCAUUAUCCACAGUGUUAAAGAGAUUUAAAAAUCCCUGUUACAUAGCAGUUCAUUAUCCACAGUGUUAAAGAGAUUUAAAAAUCCCUGUUACAUAGCAGUUCAUUAUCCACAGUGUUAAAGAGAUUUAAAAAUCCCUGUUACAUAGCAGUUCAUUAUCCACAGUGUUAAAGAGAUUUAAAAAUCCCUGCAUAUAAAUAUAACAUCUGAAUUUUUCGGACACUGUGGACGUUGUUUCCAAACUUUAUUGAAACCAGGAAGUAAAAAUAAUAAGCUUCUUAUUGAUUCAUCUUUUCAAUUUCCUUUUGACUCAUAAAAAUGCAGCUGACAUUAUACAAAAUUUAAAAAAUCAUACACAGAAAAACAAUGAAAAUUGUUUCUAGAAAAAUUAUGUCUCCUUGUGCUCCCGUAACAUCGUUGGGUUAAAUUAUUGUCAUCAUUUUCAUUAUUUCUUUACAUUUUUACAGAACUGCCUAGCAAGUCCAUUGGCUGUUAAAAAGAGACACAAGGUAGGAAGCCUUACACUGAUAAAAGUCUCUAGUGGCAGAACAGCCUUCACAUUAAUUUCAUUAAGUGAUAGAUUUCUUUAACUAUGUAAAGUCAUUAAAUGCCUGUGCUGUAUUGAAAUAUUGGGAUCAAAAGAAUCUAAAGUUCAAACAAUUUAGCCCCCAAAUGCUGAUAGCUAUUUUAAAACAUUAUUCAUUCAUUGUCCACUCCUACAAAAACCAGCUGUCGUUUUGAAUAGACACAUUGGCUUGAAGCUUCAAAGCUGUUCAAUAUUUGCCUGCUAAUAAACAAUGAGAUUUUAUCAGGUGAAAAUAUUUACAAAAUUUUGUUCAGGAAAUUCAGAUCUGAAAAUCCUGGAACUAGUUACAAAGUUUGCACGAAUCACAACAGGGGCAUAAUUUCAUUCCAGUCCAGCAGCAAAAUGUUUGGGUGACAGGGGCAUAACUCUGAGUAAACAGAGCCAUUGGUGUAUCAUCCAAAAUGUAAAAAAUUUUCAAUUUCUGCUAGAUUUCCGAUAAACAGUUCACAUGGACAGCUAUUUCAGCACGAGCCAAGCUACGUCAGUGGAAGGAUAUAGAAGCCUUGCUGACAGCUAAGGUAAGGAGUAUUACCUGGUCAGUACAGUUAGUUUUAUCCCAAUUCAUAUGAUAUUGUUAUUACUUAUAUAAAAUAACCUGUGAUAUUCUGCUAAAAUUAUCUUUAAAGGGCUGAAACAAAGUGAACUAAAAUAAUUUUUUUAACAUGAUUUAAAUUAAUAGUUAGCAUCCCAGAUUUAUUUAUGUCAACAAGUAUACAAAAAAUGUACAAUUACAUGAAUUUAUUGUAAAAUUAGAAUCAAAUUCUUAUUUAUAUUUUUAUAACCUAAAACUAGUCCAACCAAUCUAACAAUAUAUUUGUGAGCUGCCAUUUUUGAUUCUCACAUUAUUUUGUUUUUCUUAUUUCCUCCCCAGGGGUUUUUUGGUGGUACCAAAUUAAAGUCUUGCAUAGGAUUUGACAAAGUAGUUGAAAUUUUACACAAACACAAUGCACCUCCUGAGGUAGGAAUCCUGGAUUGUUCAUAUCUUUACACUUGUAAUUAAAAAUGUUGUGGCCUACCGUGCCUGCCUGUUUCAAUUUUAUGAUAGUUAUAUUGAACUGUGCAUUUCUUUUUAGUGAAAUCAACCUCACUGUUUCUUUAGAAAAGUUCUUCUUCUUCUAUAUUUUGAGGGCCCACGAUCAAUGGAUUGAUCAUUCUGGCUCCUAUUUUUCAGAGGGGUUCGCGAUGUUACUGUGCAUGGUUUUCAAGGGUAUACUUCACUGGUUGCAAGGGUUACUCAGUAAGGGUUUUAUGAACUGGGUUUGGAAGACUGGAGGCAAAAGCUGCAAAUGUGUCAAGGGUAGUCACUUGUGUUGGAUUAUGGUAGUAAAAACAGUGCGUAAUUCCUCUGUAAGAACAUUGUUUACUUUAUGAUAUAAACCUGACUCAAAAUAUCACAUUUUCCCCACAGGUUUUAGACAAAUAUUUAGCCAUGAUCAGUGACCUUGACCUCAGGUUGCAGCUGGCCAAGAAAGUUCAGUGUAGCAAGGCUGUGGUAGAUGUAAGUAUUUUAAAUACUGACCAUGAGUUAUAUUGAAAAAUUGAACUUUUAUAUGUCAGAACAAAUUCAGACUCACCAGCGCUAGCAGUUUAAAAACAAAACAGAAACUAUUCAUCAUUGAGUUGUUUUUUUUGUCCACACUGAAAUUCGGAAAAUCACAGUGAUUAUUAGUGGGAUAAAAAAUGGAAAUGUCAAUUAUCAGUUGAUUUUUGUGUUGCAAAUGGUUUCUCUCUGUUCCUUGCCAUUAGUUUUUGGGCAAGUGUCCCCCUUUCAAAGUUCACAGAAAAUGUUUAACUCCUUUUAUUGAUAUGAGCAAUCAUGUCCUAAUUCAAAUCUUGUGCCUAUUAAGUAAUAAGCUUUGAAAUGUCCUAAUCUCUACAGAGCAAGCUUAGAACAAUGUCUUAAUUUGUACUACAUGUCUUAAUUUGUACUACAUUGUAAUGGAUCAAAAUUUUUAUGGUUCUUAAAUGAAGCUUUUCAGAUUUUGCAACCAUGGGAAAACAGUUGUUAAUUUUUAAUCUUUGCCACAUCAUGCACUACUUGAAAAUCUGAAAUAUCAUUCAUCAGAUUGUCAGCACAGGAUUAUGUGUCUGUCCUUCGCAUGCAAAGAUGACCACGGUUUCAACUAAAGUAGCAGGCCUUGACUUGAGUCGUAGCCUUGGAUUGAGCAGUAGCCAAGGCUUCCGCUAGAGUGGUAGCCAAGGCUUCAACCUGAGCUAUAUAAUUUUCAAAGUGAGGGAGAGUUGCUUGUCUGCCUCUCUCUCUCUCUCUGGUCCUUGCCUGUUUGUUCCAAGCUGACUGGAAAGUGACCAGGAUGUAGUGGAUGACCAGCAGUGUUUCUUGUGCUCUUUAUGCGUUCCAUGUCCCAGGAGUUGUAUCAAUGUCAUCACCGAGUUUGCCUACUCUUAGAUGAUUCGCUUUUCGAGGUUACCGGUGUGCUUGUGAUGUUUUUGGUUUGGCUGGAGAUUGAAAUCCAGUCCACCAGCGUGGGAUUGACUCAGUUUAGACCACUUGACCACUCGGCACAGGAUAACAUAAGGAGGUUUUACUCUAUACCCUAAAUCAAUAAAUGACUUGUUUUCAGACACUUGUUGCCAUGAAGAACAGACAAGAGCUGUCGACGUAUGCCUCAACGUUGGAUCGUUAUUCCAAGGAAGGGUUGUAUGCUGCAGAUGUUUUAAACAGUUCGGUAGGUUUUAAUGGAGAUGUUCUAUUUAAAGACUGGUCAUAAUAGUUCAGUGAUCCACUGCAUGUGGCUUACUGCUGUACAGUGAUGUGAUAAUAGUUCAGUGAUCCACUGCAUGUGGCUUACUGCUGUACAGUGAUGUGAUAAUAGUUCAUUGAUCCACUGCAUGUGGCUUACUGCUGUACAGUGAUGUGAUAAUAGUUCAUUGAUCCACUGCAUGUGGCUUACUGCUUUACAGUGAUGUGAUAAUAGUUCAUUGAUCCACUGCAUGUGGCUUACUGCUGUACACUGAUGUGAUAAUAGUUCAGUGAUCCACUGCAUGUGGCUUACUGCUGUAUAGUGGAGGCUUAUGGGCCAUCAGGCAAACAGGUUGGACUUUGUGUCCUUUCCAAGUUCAUGUCUAUUCAAUUAAAUCACCCAACCGCUCCUUUUACUUUUACCUGUGAGUAACCUGAGGAGAGUGAAAACCUAAGUAAAGGGAACAAACCCACUGAUCCAUCAUCUUGCAAAUGAUUGUUCAAUGAAAAGGUAACUUUUCAAAUAGAAAUUUGAAGUUGCCAUAACAUAAUUAUAAACAUUUUUUUUUCACUAGAGCUCUAAUGAAAUAUUUAUUUUCCAUUUUAGACAUUAUUGUUAUGAGAUAAAGUAAUUAUUCCAAAAAUUCUCAAAUAUAAACUAACUAUUCCAAUAAUUCUCAAAUACAAACUAUUCCAAUAAUUCUCAAAUACAAACUAACUAUUCCAAUAGUUCUCAAAUGUAUCAUUAUUUUUUUUUUUCCUUUCAGGCAAUCAAAUGGAAAUGAUAACAUUUUAAGUUAGGAAAUUUCUGUGAGUCUUUCGGCAUGAGUCAGCUAUGGAAAUUUUAGAAUAACAUAGAUUAAGCCAGAUUUUUUAAAUCUAGUCUUCAAAGGUUUUAAAUGAAUAUAAUUUUUGUUUAGAUGAGUUCAUUUUCCCAUCAAAGUAGUGUGAAUUUAAAGGAGCUGUAAACAUCUUAUGGAUCAUUUGUCAAUCUUUGUAAAAUAACAUUUAUUUUUUGGUGUAAAAUAUUUUGGUUACCAUUACUCUGAAAAUAUAAAUUUGUCAUGAGUUACAGCCACCUGUAAUAUGAUGACCUGCAAUCUAUGACGUCAUAUUAUUUUGUAAAUGAUGUCACGAUAAUACCUGUUGUUUUGUCAUGUGCGGAAACUUUUUUAAAAAAGCUUUCAAUAUCAUAAUAAUAAAUGUUAGUCUACAACCAAUGAGCUAUUCUACUACCAGUGAGCUUUACGAUAAUAAUAACCAAAAAAGCAGGUAACCUGGGUUUACCUGAUAACACUUAGUGCCGGACUAGGUGAGUUUUUCCACCUGGUUUAAUCUGAUAAUGCUUAUUUUGCUCAAUAGAGGCUUCAAAAUAUGCACAUGUGAAUAUAUUGGUAUGAUAGGAGAGCCUUAUAAAGACGUAAGGUAUGUUAGUAUUAGAAUUUAAUUGUUACGUAAUUCUAUUACUAACAUAAUUUUAAAAAUAAUCACUAAUAGGUUAUGAAGUAACAACAGUUUUUGGUAUUUUACCAGUCAAAGAAUCUGAUGUGCUCUCAAAUAGAUGCUGCCUGGGAGCACACCCUCGACAUUUGCAUCAUUGAGAAGUCCCAUUAAUUUAUCACUUUCCAGCACAUUACACAACUUUUAAAUCUUCCCGUGGCUGUAAAUAUGACUGUUAUAUUAAACUGUUUCAGCUUGUCUUGAGUUUAAGUCAAUCAAGAUAUUAUUUUUUAUAUAUAUGCUUCCAUGUAUUAUUCACAUAAUCUUGACUAGAGUGGCUUACCUCCAACGGGACUACGAUGACUCAAUUGAAUUCUUGCUUGUUUUUGAUUUAGCAUUUAGCUAAAAAAAAAAGACUGAACGAUACUGAAGGGAUUAUUGAGAAUUAUAUAAAUUUUUGUAAAGCUAUGAUCAUACAGUCAUGUGUCUAUUGCUUGCAUUGGUCCCCCAUGUGUCAGCAAUCAACUUGCAUUACACAUUAAAUAUAAAAUGUACAUUAAUUCAUAGUUAUGCUAUGUCCAAAAAAUAUGAAUCAAGAAUAAUUGAAAUCUUUUAAUUUACCCUAAUAUGGUCAAAUGUACAUAAUACAUGUACAUAAUACAAAUAUUUUAACACUUUUGCGAAAAUAAAAAUUGAAUCGUACAUCAACCAGUAGUUAUUAACACAACAUCACAUAGGCUUUAAGGUUGUACUAUAGCUUUCAAACUUUUUCAGUUUUGCAUAGUUCUGUGGAACAAUUUAAUUACAGUUUAUUAUGUAUCAAAGUUCUGUUCAAAUCAAAGGUUUUUCUUCUUGUGAACUUUAAUUUUUAAGUACACAAUUUGUUGCUGGUAGGCCAUGUCAUUAAGAACACUGCUGUUAAUUGUGGGUAGGUAGACCGUGCCAAUAAGAAACCUGCUGUUAAUUAAAAAAAAAAUUCAGAGAAACAAAUUUGACCAGCCAUAAUAAUUCUCUCGUGUUGUUUUCUAUCUUGUUUUAGUGAGGUGAAAGGUGAGAACUAAUUUUGGAAUAUAUGGGGAGCCAACCUUUGUACAAAUCUACUCAUUAUCAGUUUUCAAGGAGUGCUCGUAAAUUUAAAAAAAAAAAUGUUUACCAUAAAACGUGUGUCUGCUUUUGCUGUGCUAGAAAACAAUAGCUGCAACAAGUUAAAUAUGCAAGCCUUCCAGUUUACAACAAUCCAUGAUAGGAAUGUUUAAUUAAGAACUUGUUUGAUGUGACAUCAAGAACUUUGAUAUUUGUUAAAGAAGACUCAUCAUCCAGCAUGAAAUGUUGUGUAUUUAUAAGGAAAUUAUGAGAGAGAAUCACCUUUGCUAAUGUUUAAGUUUAAAAAUUCACAUAACCAAAGGCUGUGAACAAUCUGAUGUAAUCAAAGAAUUUGUUGAAAAUUAUCGCACAACCCAUGG